UCAUGAUGGAGGCUGAAGAUGAAUACGCGAAUCAAUCUCUCGAGAUUGAAUCAUAUUUGACAUGAUAAAAGUGAUAUGAUGAUGAUGACAGUUGUUAUCAGACGACUGUUGAUUCCGGUUUUAUAUUCGCUCUCUCGAUUUUGAAAAUUGUGAACAUUAAAUCCUUUUUUGGAAGGUCGCGUUUUUACGUGUUCAUUUAUUUGUUAAAUCUGUAAAGAUAUUGUAUAAUGCUUUUUAGGAAAAUGAAUCUGAUAUUUAGACAACUUUUUGAUUGUGUUAGCUGUACCUAUACAUACCUUCUGGCUGAUGCUAAGUGCCGUAGUGCUAUUCUGAUUGAUCCUGUUGUUGACCAGGUUGCAAGAGAUGUGAAACUUGUGAAAGAGCUUAAUUUGAAUCUUUUAUAUGCUGCAAAUACUCAUGUCCAUGCAGAUCAUAUUACUGGAACUGGGGAAAUUAAGAAAUUAAUACCUAGUUGUAAAAGUGUCAUUUCUAAGGCAUCUGGAGCUAAAGCAGAUAAGUAUUUAGAACCAAUGGAAAUUUUAUCAGUGGGGGAUAUUCAGCUAGAAGUACGCCCAACACCUGGUCAUACUAAUGGCUGUGUUACAUAUGUUUGCCAUGGAUCAAAAAUGGCAUUUACUGGUGAUGCCUUGUUAUAUCGUGGCUGUGGCAGAACAGAUUUUCAACAAGGAGAUGCUUCAAAAUUAUAUGAUUCUGUUCACAAACAUAUUUUUUCACUGCCUGAGGAUUAUUUAUUGUAUCCUGCUCAUGAUUAUAAAGGCUUUACGGUGAGUUCUGUUGUAGAAGAAAAGAAAUAUAAUGCUCGACUCACAAAAACAAAAGAAGAGUUCAUUGAUAUUAUGAAAAAUCUCAAUCUUGCGUAUCCUAAGAUGAUAGAUAAGGCUGUUCCGGCAAAUAUGGUUUGCGGAUAUGUUGAUGAGAUUACCUUCCAAUCACCUGAUUGCAGUGGAGAUGCAAAGCAUUGAUAGAAAGAUGUUUGGAAAUAAAUGAAUCUUGCAAUAUUCGCUCAUGCUGAUGUAUUUUGCUGUUGCUGUUCAUAUUUAAAAAUUUACUUUUGUUGUAUCUGUUGUUGAAUAAAUAUUAUACUUUUGUACUGA